UAUCAUCAUUCAUCAUCAGAUCGACCCAUUUCAUUUCCCCUUUUGAGAUCCACCGGAGAAAUCAGUCAAUCCCUCUUCUUCAUUAAGAUCUCUCCCUCUCUCUGCUGAAUUCGACUGAUUCGAGAUACUCAUCACCAUCAAUGGCGCUGCACAGAGGAGUCAUGAUUUGAUCCCCAUUCAUCUUCCUCCCGGAAUCGGCUCCUCUGGGUCUGUUGAUGCGUGUGUGCCUGGGGGAUUUGAGUGCGUGAACGCUGUCUUGUUGGUGACAUGGCUUGGUUUGGUGGGAGAGUGUCCCUGGGGAAUUUCCCCGAUUUGGCGGGGGCGGUCAAUAAGAUCAGUGAGAGCGUCAAGAACAUGGAGAAGAAUUUCGACAACGCUCUGGGACUCGAGGAGAAGCCCGAGUCUCAUGGUGAAGCCUCAGGUAUGUGGCCAUCAACUGACACAAAAGUGUUAUUUCAACCUGUCAUGGCCUUUAUGGGGCAAAAAGAUGAAGAAAAUACUGAUGAAUCAGCACAAGAGAAUGAACCUCCAGAACAUGCUAAACAAGUUAAGGACAAAGAAGUUGAAACUGAAGGGUCGUUGGCUAGCAGCAGUGAUAAAGCAGCGCCUACUAAAGUAGAAAAUGAAGAUCUCAGAGUGAAAAGUGAUGUCGAACAGACGGAAAAAGCUGUGGGAUCAGAUACGAAUACUCUGGACAAUCAAGAAGUUAAAUCUGAAUCGCCAUCAGAUUCCGCGGAAUCUCAUGUGCAAAGAGUUGAUGAAGCUGAGAGACCAGAAACAGUUUCUGAGGUACCACAAGAGAGCUUAGAGGUGAAGCCAUCUGAUAGUCCAGUGUCCCAAGAAGAGAAAUCAAAAUCUGUCGGGGAAGACCAUGUUGAGGCUGUUUCUCCUGUGCCUGAUGAAUCAAGUAGUUCGGUUGAUGUAGAUGAGGGGUCUUCAAAGGAUACUACAGUAGCAGAAAAGACUGUAGAGUCUGUUCCACUGGAUCAAUUAGAGGUACGAGACGGUCAAGCUGGAGUUGAAGUUGAGCCAUCGGGUUCACCUAUCACUGUUGCAACAGAGACUGAAAGUGUAGAUGUAGUUCAAGGUGUUAACUCCUCCAGUACACCUAUUGAAGAUUCUUCUGACAUGGUGCCUAAGGAAACUGAUGCACUUGCUAAACCAGUUGAAAUAAUACCACAGUCAAAUGCCAGUGACACUGAUGUCAAGCAGCAACAUCGUAAAGCAGCAUCAGAUGUUUCUGAUUACCCAGAUACUGUGCAAGAAUUAGAGAAGGUAAAGAUGGACAUGAAAAUGAUGGAAACAGCAUUGCAAGGUGCUGCUAGGCAAGCUCAGGCAAAAGCUGAUGAGAUUGCGAAGUUGAUGAAUGAGAAUGAGCAACUAAAAGCUGUGAUUGAAGAUCUGAAGAGAAAAUCAAGUGAGGCUGAAAUUGAGUCUUUGCGCGAGGAAUACCAUCAACGGGUUGCAACUCUUGAAAGAAAGUUAUAUGCUCUGACUAAAGAAAGGGAUGCACUUCGAAGAGAGCAGAACAAGAAAAGCGAUGCAGCUGCCCUUCUCAAGGAAAAAGAUGAAAUCAUCAAUCAGGUUAUGGCUGAAGGUGAAGAGCUUUCCAAAAAACAGGCUGCUCAAGAGUCUACAAUUAGAAAAUUAAGGGCUCAGAUUAGAGAGCUUGAAGAAGAGAAGAAAGGGUUGAGCACCAAGCUUCAGGUAGAAGAGAACAAAGUGGAGAGUAUCAGAAGGGACAAGACAGCUACGGAGAAGUUGCUGCAAGAAACGAUUGAAAAACAUCAAGCCGAAAUUUCUGCCCAAAAAGAAUUCUACACGAGUGCUUUGCAAGCUGCAAAGGAGGCUGAAGCACUAGCUGAGACACGUGCUAAUAGUGAAGCUAGAACAGAGUUAGAGAGUCGUCUCAAAGAGGCUGAGGAACGAGAAGCUAUGCUAGUUCAAACACUGGAAGAAUUAAGGCAAACGUUAAGCCGAAAAGAACAGCAGGCAGUUUUCAGGGAAGACAUGCUACGCAGGGAAAUUGAGGAUCUCCAGAAACGCUAUCAAGAAAGCGAACGCCGUUGUGAGGAAUUGAUUUCACAAGUUCCAGAAUCUACAAGGCCUCUACUAAGGCAGAUCGAAGCUAUACAGGAAGUGGCUUCUAGAAAGGCAGAAGCUUGGGCUGCUGUUGAGAGGUCCCUCAACUCUCGGCUGCAGGAAGCUGAAGCUAAAGCUGCUGCUGCUGAGGAGAAAGAACGAUCUAUAAAUGAGCGUCUAUCCCAAUCAUUGUCUCGUAUUAAUGUGCUUGAAGCUCAGAUAUCUUGUCUGAGGACAGAGCAAACACAACUGGGUAGGUCCCUUGAAAAGGAAAGGCAGAGAGCAGCUGAAAAUAGGCAGGAAUAUCUUGCAGCAAAGGAGGAAGCUGAUACUCAAGAAGGUCGUGCAAACCAGCUUGAGGAUGAAAUCAGAGAACUUAAACGUAAACACAAGCAAGAGUUACAAGAGGCAUUGGUGCAUAGGGAGCUUCUACAGCAGGAGAAAGAGAGGGAGAAGGCUGCUCGAUUAGAGUUGGAAAGGACAUCGCGUGUGCAUUCUACUGUCAUGCCUGAUUCUGCAAUGAAGCAUCCUGUUGAUAAUGGAAAUUUGACCCGAAAACUCUCAAGCACUAGUAGCCUAGGCAGCAUGGAGGAGAGCUAUUUCCUUCAGGCAUCUCUAGACUCUUCUGACAGCAUGUCUGAGAGGAAGAAUCUUGGGGAGGUCAAUAUGAGCCCAUACUAUAUGAAGAGUAUGACACCUAGUGCUUUUGAAGCUACUCUUCGUCAGAAGGAGGGCGAGCUAGCAUCAUAUAUGUCUCGUCUGGCAUCCAUGGAAUCUAUCCGAGAUUCUCUUGCUGAGGAGUUGGUCAAAAUGACAGCACAAUGUGAGAAAUUACGGUCGGAGGCAUCUACGGUGCCCGGUAUCCGGGCAGAACUUGAAGCACUUAGGAGGCGGCACUCAGCUGCACUUGAGUUGAUGGGUGAACGUGAUGAAGAGCUGGAGGAGCUUCGAGCUGAUAUUGCUGACUUGAAAGAGAUGUACAGGGAGCAAGUAAGCUUACUAGUGAAUCAGAUCCAAACGUUGAGUUCAUCGAUGGGUGCGGCAGAGUAACUCAAAAUAUCUCACACCAACUGCUGUAAGGUUCAUUGAUUGGUAACUUUUUGUGAAUUCAAAGUAGUUAUUCUAAAAAUUCCCUGCACCGAACAAUUACACUGUUUGCUUUUUUUCUAAGUUUUUGGGCAUCGAUAAGUAUAAAGAGCAAUAUUCCUUUUUCCUUGAGGUAUGUAUUGUAAUUCACCGGGAAAGUGUUGUAUAAAGCAAAAUCUGAAACAGAUUCCACCACCGACAUCUAAAGAGUACUUAAUCUGUAGAGUGAGGAUUACUUGCCUGUGCAAAUUGAUCUUCAGUUGUUCCUCUUCAAUUUUGGCCCUCUUUUUUUGUGUAAUGUUGUAGGAGCAGGCGACGGUGAAUAUUGUUAUAAUGCUUUAUUUGCAUGGCUUCCUGAUUU